AUUGUUAGAUUGGAAACCAAGCUUUCUGAUGUAGCAAGCUUUCAUGAAUCCUUCAAUGCACAGCAGGGAAAAUUCACUAAAAUAUUUAGUGUGUGGAUGGAAUUUCUAGGGAAGAUCAGACCUCCUUGUAUGGGUGAUAAUGGGAUCUCUCUUUUUAUUCCUACAGGGGUUGAGCAGAGGAAUGAAAUUGAUGAGGAAGUGCAUCAACUAUUACCAGCAAAAGUCCAGAAUGAAGAUUUGAAACAAAACAUCAUGAAUCAAGGCAGACCAAAGAGACAAAAAGGUAGUCAUAUAGUUGAGAAGAGGGAAAAAUCAUUAUUGGCCAAGAAUGUGAUAUCCGUGAAGUAAUUCACAUGGUGGAGGAAUCUUAUAAGUGCUUUGAGUGUAGGAUGAACUUCUCAGAUCAAACCCAAUAUGAGAUCCAUCUGCAACUGCACAUUGGAAAAAACACCCACCAAUGCUUGGAAUGUGGAAAGAGCUUCCUUUACGGAGCAGAGCUCCUUAGGCAUCAAAGAACACACACAGAAGAGAAACCUUACAGCUGCUCAGAAUAUGGCAAGAGAUUGUCACAGAAAUCACACAUUGUUCAACACCAAAAGAUUCAUUCAGGAGAGAAGCCAUUAAUCUUUUUAGAGAGUGGAAAGACCUUCACUGAUGAAAGAAAGGGAAAUGGACAUAUUCCAAAAGACAGUAUAAUGAAGGGUCGUAAAUGCUUUCGGUGUGGGAAGUACUUCAAAUACAGAUCUCAGCUCCUUAUGCAUCAAAGAAUACAUACAGGAGAGAAACCUUUUCAGUGCUCAGAGUGUGGAAAGAGAUUCAGUCACAGUAGUAGUCUUCAAAUGCAUCAAAGAACUCACACGGGAGAGAAACCUUUUGAAUGUUCACAGUGUGGAAAGAGGUUCCGUCGGAAUGGCCAUCUUCAAGAUCAUCAAAGAACCCACACAGGGGAGAAACCUUUUGAAUGUUCACAGUGUGGAAAGAGAUUCAGUCAGAGUGGCAUUCUUCAACACCAUCAAAGAACCCACACAGGGGAGAAACCGUUUGAAUGCUCAGAGUGUGGAAAGAGAUUUAGUCAGAAUGGAAGUCUUCAAAAACAUCAAAGAACCCACACAGGGGAGAAGCCUUUUGAGUGCUCAGAGUGUGGAAAGAGAUUCAGUCAAAGUAGCAGUCUUCAACAUCACCUAAGAACUCAUAAAAAUGAACAACUUUUUGAAUGCUCGCAGUGUGGAAAGAGAUUCAGUCAGAGGAGCAAUAUUCAAAGGCAUCAAAGAACUCAUAUGGGGGAGAAACCCUUUGAAUGCUCAGAAUGUGGAAAGAGAUUCAGUCUCAUUGGCAGUCUUCAAAAGCAUCAAAGAACUCAUACAGGCGAGAAACCUUUUGGAUGCUCAGAGUGUGGAAAGAGAUUCAGUCAGAGUGGAAAUCUUCAAAACCAUCAAAGAACUCAUACAGGAGAGAAACCUUUUGAAUGCUCAGAGUGUGGAAAGAGAUUCAGUCACAGUAGCAGUCUUCAAACGCAUCAAAGAAAACACACAGGAGAGAAACCUUUUGAAUGCUCAGAGUGUGGAAAGAGAUUCAGUCAGGGAAAGAAUCUCCAAACGCAUCAAAGAACACACACAGGGGAGAAACCUUUUGAAUGCUCAAAUUGUGGAAAGAGAUUCAGUCAGGGAAAGAGUCUCCAAACACAUCAAAGAACACACACAGGGGAGAAACCUUUUGAAUGCUCAAAUUGUGGAAAGAAAUUUGCUCGGAGUGACAGUCUUCUGCAACAUCAAAGGACCCACACAGGAGAGAAACCUUUUGAAUGCUCAGAGUGUGGAAAGAGAUUCCGUAACAGUUGCCAACGUCAUAGGCAUAAAAAAACACAUACAGGGGAGAAACCUUUAGAAUACUUACAGUGGGAAAAGAGAUUGAAUGAGCAGAGCAGUCUUCAAACGCAUCAAAGAAAGCACACAGGAGAGAAACCUUUUGAAUGCUCAGAGUGUGGAAAGAGAUUCAGUCAGGGAAGGAGUCUUCAAACGCAUCAAAGAACACACACAGGGGAGAAACCCUUUGAAUGCUCAGAGUGUGGAAAAAGAUUCUGUUCCAGUUACCAUCUUCAUAGGCAUAAAAAAACCCACACAGCGGAGAAACCUUUUGAAUGCUCAGAGUGUGGAAAGAGAUUCAGUCGGAGUAGACUUCAAACGCAUCAAAGAACACACACAGGGGAGAAACCUUAUGAAUGCUUAAAUUGUGGAAAGAAAUUCGCUCGAAGUGACAGUCUUCUGCAACAUCAUAGAACACACACGGGAGAGAAACCUUUUCAAUGCUCAGAGUGUGGAAAGAGAUUCCGUUACAGUUGCUAUCUUCACAGGCAUAAAAAAACACAUACAGGGGAGAAACCUUUUGAAUGCGUUUAGUGUGGAAAAAGAUUCAGUGAGAGGAGCAGUCUUCAGCAACAUUAAAGAACACACACAGGAGAGAAACCUUUUGAAUGCUCAGAGGAUGGAAAGAUGUUCAGUCAGAGUUGCCAUCUUUAACAACGUCAGAGAAGACACACAAGUUAGAAACCUUUUGAAUGCUCAGAGGAUGUUAAAGAAUUCAUUCUGAGCAGCAAUGUCGCAUGGCAUUUAAGAACUCACAUUUAUGACAAACAUUUGGAAUGCUCGGAGUGUGGAGAUUCAGUCACAAACGCAGCUGGAAAGGACAUCUGAGGACCACUGCAAAGGAUAAACCUUUUGAAUUAUCAUAAAACUGGUGUCCACUCCUCAGUUGCAACACCCCAAUUUAAUAUUCAAUCUUCUCUUGUUUCACUUAAAGGGCACCCCCUUGAAAGCCAAAAGGGAGUGGAUCUUUGGGACAGACUUUAGAAAGCUCAUCUGUCUGCCAUGUCCAGAGGACAUUCCAUCACUGAAGCAGGAUGUCAGUAGGAUUUUUACACAUUCCCCCCCCCACCCCCCGCCGCCCCAAUGCACGUAUUUAUGAAAGCAAAACAAGACCAUUUCCACUUAACAGGCUAAGAGAAGAUUAACAUCAUAGUAGCUUAGCAUCAGAUUAAUUCUGGCUCACUUGAUCAAAGCAGAUAAAUCUGUUGCUUUGAAAACUUAUCCAGCUUGGAAGGUCUGGUUUCAUUUACCACUCCUCCUGAUGAAUUUUGAGGACAAUCACUUCAAACUUCCCAGUCAAUUUCAAACUUUAUUUCUUGAAUUAAUCGUAAUCGUGGGAAAGGCCAUUAUUCCAAAGUUUGGUACUUUUCCCCAUAAAAAGGGGAACCCAGGUCCAUUAAAGGGGCAUGCCAAAUUUACCCCAUUUCCCUGCAACAGCCCUUUCUGUCUCUCUCAUUGGACAUCAACUGUAAAGAUUCUCUGUAAUUCUCAGUUUCUCACUCACCUUGAAUCAGAUAAUAUUGACCUCCCUCCUCUUUAUCUUUGCCUCUUCUCCCAUUUUUCCCUUAGUUUUCUGUGUAUUUGUGUGUGUGGAAAUGCUACAACUGAAAGAGUCAGCUCUGAGGUGCUUCAUUAUAUUCUUUAUAAUUUUAUUCAUUUUUAUUUUACAUUUCAUCCAAUGAAGUUACAGAGA